UAAAGACACGAAGGAAGGACUGUGGGAAUACAGAGGAAGGAGGGGCUGACUGGAGAAGUCUCAUGGAGGUAGAAUUUUUCAGUUCUUCAGAGUUUUUAACCGGCGGAGAUGACGUUAGGAAUUUUCCAGGCAGAGGGAACGGGACAAACCAAGCUUCCCUGAAAGCAAAGAAUCUGCUAGGGAAAGAGCAAAUGAUCUAGUCCGGAUGCACCACUGUUCAGACCAGAUCGGUCAGGGCCUUGAGGUCACAGAUAGAUGUGAGGGUUGUGCUGAGGAUCCAGAGGUGUUCGUGAAAGGUUUCGCACCGUGGAGCGAGAUCUUUAGACGCGCUUACAUUCUCCCGUUUGGCUGCAGACGGAGGCUGGCUGCGAGCGGUGGGAGCUGCUGGCGGGAAGGAGCUCGCUGGCGUGGUCGGGGGCGGGAGGCGAGCAGGGCGGCCAGCCGGACGGGGAGAAGGAAGCGCACAACCGCCAGCCUUUCGCAGGGGAGCAGAACGCACCGCGGGGCGUGGAGAGGGAGGAGUUUCCAGUUGGCGCGGGUGCGAGUACGGAGACGGGGACCGCCGUGCGGGUGCCUCGCGCACUUGUCCCUCGCGCGUCGCCGUCCGCGCAGCCCACGGUUCGGUCGGAGGAGGCCGCCGGCGCGGCGGUUCCGGUUCCGGCUGGCGUCUGCACCUGUGGCGAGGGCGGCGGCCAUGGCGUACUCCACCGUGCGGAGGGUGGCCCUGGCCUCGGGGCUCGUCCUGGCCGUGUCGCUGCUGCUGCCCAAGGCCUUCCUGUCCCGCGGAAAGCGGCAGGAGCCGCCGCCGGCGCCGGAAGGAAAGUUGGGUCGAUUUCCACCUAUGAUGCAUCAUCACCAGCCACCCUCAGAUGGCCAGACCCCCGGGGCUCGUUUCCAGAGGUCUCACCUUGCAGAGGCAUUUGCAAAGGCCAAAGGAUCAGGUGGAGGUACUGGAGGAGGAGGAGGUAGUGGAAGAGGCCUGAUGGGACAGAUUAUUCCAAUCUAUGGUUUUGGGAUUUUUUUAUAUAUACUGUAUAUUCUAUUUAAGCUUUCAAAGGGGAAAACUGCUGCAGAGGAUCGGAAAUGCUAUACUACCACAGCUGGAAACACCCACAGGAAAAUUACCAAUUUUGAGCUUGUUCAACUGCAAGAAAAACUGAAGGAGACAGAGGAAGCUAUGGAAAAAUUAAUCAACAGAGUGGGACCUAAUGGUGAGAGCAGAGCACAGACUGUGACUUCUGACCAAGAAAAACGGUUGCUGCAUCAGCUCCGAGAAAUCACCAGGGUCAUGAAAGAAGGAAAAUUCACUGACAGGCCCACUCCAGAGAAAGAAGCUGAGGAGGCCCCUUACAUGGAGGACUGGGAAGGUUACCCUGAAGAGACUUACCCAAUUUAUGACCUUUCAGAUUGCAUCAAGCGUAGGCAAGAAACAAUCCUGGUGGAUUACCCUGACCCCAAGGAGCCCUCUGCUGAAGAACUAGCUGAAAGAAUGGGAGUGCUGGAAGGUGAAGAAUCAGACCACUUGGGUUGGGAAAUGCGCACUGACCCCAGCGCCCGGGAAGAGAAUUCUGUUACCUCAUGUGACCCAAAGCCACAAACCUGUUCCUGCUGUUUUCAUGAAGAGGAUCCUGCGGUCUUGGCAGAGAAUGCUGGAUUUGGUGCAGACACUUACACUGAGCAAGAGGAAACCACCAAAGAAGUAUGGCCCCAAGACUUCAGAGAUGAAGGCCUGGGCAUCAGCCCUGAUAAAGUACAUACAGGUGGCACGUUGAGGAAGCGGAACCCCCAGGUUCUGCUUUAGUUGGUUUCCGGAAGUAUCCAUUCCUCUAGUUCCAAGGUGACCUUUCUCUCCUCUCUGAUUUCAUCCUUGGCCCUGUGCCCUGAAUUUCAUUCUGUAUUUAAAUAUUCUAGCUAAUCAGGCCACUACCAUGGAUAUCCUUCCUGGUGCUCACACACCUGUCACCUUGUAAAACACCAUAGCAAUUAGUAUGAACACAGUACAGCUUCACUCUUCAUGCCUUUCUUCCACCAGAGAGUUGAUCCAUUGAGUAAUUAUGUUUGAUCUGUUGGGCACUCAGGGGCAGGGGUCUGACUUCGUGCUAGGAGUAGCAGAUGGUUUACCUGUGAACAAACAUUAGUUUACAUGUGAUGAGGACUUAAGGCUGCAAAAGUGAAGAUUAUAGAGUCCAGGAUGCCUUACUCUGUGGGCCUUGAGCAGGUUAGUGGUCCCCUGGGUUCAAGAAGAGAACAUUUUGUUAGUGGGUAUGAUGGGGCCAGAGCAGGGUAAGACUCUGCUGUGUGAACUGAAGAAGCGCCUUCCUCACAGUGAGGGCCUUUUGGGGAGCACUGUUGCUGCCUCAGAUACCCGCUUUUCUCCAGAGUAGCAGAAGGCUCCCAGUGACCUGUGAAUGAGCCCAGAGACCAGUUGGGGGACUGUUACUCUGGUAUUGCUGGGUCUUUAGCUUCCUUUAUACCUGUUCUGUUUGACAGAACUGCCAACCCAGAAGCACCAUUGUACCUCUGGCCUUCAGUGGCCAGAGGAAGCUUUAAAUAGAGACUUUAAUCCUUGCCCUGCAGAGCCAAGGUUGGAGGCUGGGAAGGCUACACGAAAGCCUGUGUAAGGGUGGUGGACCUCCAUGAGACGGUCAGAGCAGAGAGCGAGGGGUGGGAGAGAAUCCAUGUACUUAAGGACAGCUAUUUCUAAAUGUUGUGCCCUCUGGGAAAUUUGUUCUUACCACAUGAAUUGAAACAGAAAUGAGGAGGACUGAACUUCUAGACAAAGUGCCGGGCCGAAAGGAAAGUUGCAGUGUGUGUCUGUUGCAGAGAACCUGUAGCAGUGCCCAAGGAAAGAGACUAUGCUAUAUUCAGGUAUCUGGGUCUUUUGAGAAAGCUGGGAAGGGGAGGAGGUUGGUCAGAAUCCUCCCAGUCUUAACCUCUCACUAAAGGCCUAAUUUCUAAGGGUGCCACCUGUCAUCUUUUUUUUUUUUUAAGAUUUUAUUUAUUUAUUUGACAGAUAGCAAGAGCAGGAACACAAGCGGGGGGAGAGGGAGAAGCAGGCUUCCCGCUGAGCAGAGAGCCCAAUGUGGGGCUCAAUCCCAGGACCUUGGGAUCAUGACCUGAGCCGAAGGCAGACGCUUAAUGACUGAGCCACCCAGGCGCCCCUGUCAUCUGUCUUCUUGAGAUAAGAUGGCACCCACGUAUCCUGUCUAGGAAGGAUGAGUGAAUUCAGUUUACAUGUUAAGACCUGAGAGUUUAAAGAAGACACAUUCCCAGGAACAUUUCUCAUCAUGAAAUGUGGAAAAUUUGAAAACUGAGAAACGAUGUAAAGGUCUGUAGGGCUUUUUGGAGUUCCAUUGUUCCUGGUCGACUAAAAUGCCAGGAAAAUAGCUGAAAUCAAACAUAUAGGCAUAUAGACUGCUGUCAGAAGGUUAUGGGAUAUUUAGAUAACAUGUCAGCUAAUAGUAGGCAUUUCUUAAUGAAAUUAAUGUUAAUGGAAUUAACAUUUCUUGUUACAGAGAAAAGUCAUUGAAGACUGAGUCUGUAGGAAAAGUAUAUUGCAUCCAUCUGUGUGGAACCUUUGAUUCACUUUAGAGUAUAGUUUUAAAAUGUGCUGGAAGUUAUCUAGAUGUAAUGCUCAAGGUAAAAAAAGAAUGUAGGUGCUCUUUACUGUUUUGAUAAAUCACUUUCCCUGUCAUUUCCCUUUUUUCACUGCGAGGGGUUGAUUUAUAAGGAGUCCUGGGUCCCUGGUUCCUUCUUUUUUGCCUUAGGAUAUAUGGUUCCCUUAUUAGAGAUGUGUUUUUUUCUAGCUUAUUCAUUCAUUUAUUCAUUUAGCAGACACUGCCCAGAGCUGAGCAGCAGGAACAGAGCCUCAAUUCCUACCUUCAAGAAACAAGAAAGCUUAGUGUGGGAGCCUUGCCCAAUUUUUUUUUAAAUGAAUGAUUAACUGUAAAAGGGCUCAAGAUUGUGAAUUCUGCAGGCAGAGAAAUAUUGGUCAUGAUUCCAUCCCGGCCUAUUCUAUCUGUAGACUCUUGUUGGCUCCUUACCCCUCCUGAGACUUGGCUUUCUCCUGACACAGGGGAGUCGAAGUCCAGCUCUCCCAGGUUGGGUAGGAGGAUUAAAUGUGAAUCAUCAGUGCAUCUAAAACAGCAUUGGCCCUCCCAUCUCCUCCAUGCUAACCACUCACUAGGUGGUAGCCAAUUUACUUUUAUUGUACAAGGUUUUAUGCUGUAAUUGAGAUGUGGACCCAAGUCUACAGGAGCACAAAGAUCAUUUUUGCCAAAGUACUUCCAAGAAGCUUUACCGGGGAGUUGGAUCUUCAGGCAUGCUAAGAACUUCUCCAGGUGGCCAAGGAAAAGAAUGGUCAUUCUUGGCACAAAAAGCGGUGUUGGACAAAACAGACAAGUGUGGAAGUAUGUGGAUGUUCAGGUAUUUUUAUGAGGCUGGUAUGUAAGAUGUCCUGUAACCAACUCUUUAUUUUGAAUGUUAAUCUUUGGGGGAAACUGGCUUAUGGAACUAUCUCCUGCCAGAAGUACUAAGAGCUCAUGAUGGUUCCUACUGCCCUCACUCUUGGUUGGCUUAUACAGCUGGGAUAUAUUAACAUAUUUAUAUUUCAGAAAUGUUUGGUCAUUUAGUGCUUUGUGGAUUUUCCCGAAUUAUUUUAUCCUUCAGGGAUGACAAUUGUGUGUAUAUACAACCCAGGAUGACCAAAAUCAGAGGACUGGUUUUUGUCAUGUGUGCUCUUUCCUUAUGGUCUUCACUUCUCAGAACUGGUCUGGGCUGUGAACUUGAUCAGCCCCCAGGUACUUGGUCCUCAGUGACCUUUGAGCACUGUGGCGGAGAGCAUGAAGUCCUCACUCUGGGGAUGGACAAAUGGCCUAGGAAACACGGGUAUCACCUGGGACUGUGCUUGGUUAAGUUAAGAGGGCGAGCCAGUCAGGAGAGCUGCUUUCCUAGUCCUAAUAGUACAAGGAAAGCGCCUUGUGAGCUCCAGGACUAGCAGUGCACGUGCUCUAAAAAACUAGGCCCAGGAAGGAAGGCAUGUUGAAGAAUGGAGGCAUACUGGACCUUCUGAAGAGAUGGCCUUUGAGAACCACUCUCUCUGUACCUUCUAUGGCUUGGGUGAUCAGAUAACUCAUGGUCCAAACUAAGACCCCUUGAGAGAGAGAGAAAAGGGAGCUUUAAUUAGAAUGAUGCCAGGACAAUAGGUAUAAACCUGGACUGCCAUGGACCUAUGGUCACCCCGUCCGUGGCUAUUUAAAAGAUUUGUCUUUCACCUGACCACUAACCAACAAAAACCUCUGGUCCGAACCUACAUCUGCAGUUUCCCACAGAGGCAGAGCCAAGGAGCUGGGCUGGGGUUUUGGCAGGAUCUUAGCCACAUAAAAACUCCAAAUCUAGGGUGAAAAACUAAAACCAGCUCUCCUUACUUUUGUCCUAAGAACCAGGCCCCCAGGGGCAUAUGGAGGAACUAAACCGCCCAUGCUUGCAGAGAACUACUUUAACCGAAGUCUCUUCUAUCCAGCCCUUCCCAGCCUGUGUGUGGUUCUGCCCAGCCUUAAAUCUGUUGAGCUCAGCCAGAGGGAGGACAGCGUCGGCCCACACAGUAGUAUUUCCAAACAAGCUGUGAGCCCUUCCUACCCACCCCCACCCCCAGGCUCUUAGGACAGACGGAACGAAUACACUUGUAGGUAAGAAAUGUUUUCUCCCCUUUUAUAGGGGAAAAAAAAAUGCACAGCAGUGUUGAAACAGUUCAAGUUUAAUUUGUUGCUAUAUGGUCUGUACUUAGACAAACACUAAGUUCUACAACAUAUAUAAUGUCAACAUGGGAAAAUACCAACUUUGUCAUUGCACAUACCAGUAAAUAAAUACAUUUGCUCAAUACCAAAGAGUUUAUUCAAAAAGUCACUUAAUAAAAGCACAGUUUUGCAAGUUUGUCUAAAACUCCAGAUAAUUUGGAACAAAAAUAAAAUGACCACUCCAGAAUAGGAAAAGACAAUCUUGUGCAAAUGGACAUACACAUUCUAGGCGUUAGGAAAACUGGCUAAAUGGCUGCUCCCAGCAAGAGAAGUGCCCCCCAUCCUGACCAAGUCCCCUUUGAAACUCUGCAGGAUUAAAGAGGCCAGAGUCAGGCUUCCCUUUCUAAGCCACUCUAAAUUACACUCUAGGAAACUCUGGAUCUUGGCCUAAUCUGCAGCUCUGCCUUGACCUUGACGGGGGAAGGGAGAGGCGCAGUAGAACAGAAGAGAGGAACGGGUGUGACAGGUUUCUGAGGAAGGAACGAAGGCACAGUGAUGAGCCAGAAAAGGUGGUGAUGAAAGCAAGGAUCAAUUUUCAUUCACCCUAAUUCUUACUGCAGCUUUGACAGCCUAACCUCCUCAGUGUGUAGAUGAGAAAACAACCUAGGAAAAUCAUGUGGUUUGCUCAGAAUCACAUAGCUAACUAAGUGCAAUAGUGCUCUCUAUAAGACCAUCUUGCCUCUCAACUUGGUCAGAAAAUUAAAUCUAUCCGCACACUUCUGCUAUGCCUCUCCCCCGCCCCC